GCCCUCAGGGUGACAUGCAUGUGAUUGGUCACAUGAUUUUUAUAUUUAAAGACAGAUAUUCCAAAGCAGUGAGUCCACUUGAGAUUUGGCUGGGCUACGGCGGGUUUGUGCAGGAUGUUGCGUUUUCUGACAUUGUGUUGCAUAAUCUUGGUUGUAACUGAUGCCAAGAUUCUACCUCACUUUGAACCUUUAUCGCCUGAUCUCAUUAACUACAUCAACAAACUCAACACUACGUGGAAGGCUGGACAGAAUUUCCAAAAUGCUGACAUAAAUUAUGUAAAAAAAUUAUGCGGAACUUUCCUUGAUGGACCGAAGCUGCCUAUUAUGGUGGAGUUUGCUGGAAAGAUUGAGCUGCCUGUUAAUUUUGACUCUAGAGAACAAUGGCCAAACUGCCCAACAAUCAAGGAAAUCAGAGAUCAAGGCUCUUGUGGUUCUUGCUGGGCAUUUGGUGCCACUGAGGCAAUGUCUGACAGGAUCUGCGUUCAUUCAAAUGGGAAAGUCAGUGUUGAAAUCUCUGCAGAAGACCUGCUUUCUUGCUGUGGAUUUGAAUGUGGAAUGGGUUGCAAUGGAGGCUACCCCUCUGGUGCCUGGCAGUACUGGACGGAGAAGGGUUUGGUUUCUGGCGGACUGUAUGACUCGCAUGUGGGCUGCCGUCCAUACAGCAUUCCUCCCUGUGAGCACCAUGUGAAUGGCUCCAGACCUCCAUGCACAGGAGAGGGUGGAAAUACUCCUAAAUGUGAGAAAAAGUGCGAAGAUGGCUACACUCCCUCGUACAAAAAUGAUAAACACUAUGGAAGUCAGUCUUACAAUGUGCCAGCAGAUGAGAGUCAAAUUAUGACAGAGAUAUAUAAAAAUGGACCCGUGGAAGGUGCCUUCACAGUUUAUGAAGAUUUUCUAAUGUACAAAACAGGGGUAUACAAGCAUGUGAGCGGUCAGGCUGUUGGAGGUCAUGCCAUUAAGAUCCUUGGUUGGGGAGUUGAUAAUGGCACUCCAUACUGGCUUGCAGCGAACUCAUGGAAUACCGAUUGGGGUGAUAAUGGGUUUUUCAAAAUUCUGCGCGGAGAAGAUCACUGUGGAAUUGAAUCAAUGAUCGUGGCUGGGAUCCCGAAAGAUACAUCUUCUGCUAAUCUUCUUUAAGUUCAAUGGAAUGAACUUAAAGCAUAUUGGCUUUUCUCUUUUUAUUUUCCUUCUGUGCAAGUCCCGACAGGCACCAAGUGCCAGGGUAUGGAGUGAUGUAGACAUCUUCUUAGUAUCCAGCUGUCUGCUCUCCUAUUUAAAAUGCUGUAACACUGAGCACACAUUUAGCUGCACUCUCCACAACUCUGGGAGUAACAGCAGAUGUAAACUAUUGAGAUCCUUUUUAUCUUCUGCAUUUCAAAUUCUGAGAGCUGGGAAAAAUGAAUUUGACACACCAAUCGUUUUAUGAUCUUAUCAAAUUUGAAUGCUUGUUAAACACCUAAAUGGAUAAUGAUAUGUACUCAUUUACUGCACAAAAUGUUUUCUUCUGCUGGUCAGUAGAUAGACGAUCAGUUGUCUGAAUGUUUUUAAAGAUCGAAUAAGAUUGAAUUGGUUUUAUUUCAACAAAUAGUAUACUUACUCCUUUUUUUAUAAUUCUUUUAGUGGAGCACAUUGAAUUGUGGCACUUUGUGCCAUAGCUUCACGUAACUUGUAGUCCAUAAAGUCAAUAUUCCAGCACCUUUUUAAAGCAUUUCAGAAAUGUCAUGGUUUUAGGAGAAUUUUAUUUAAAUGUUUAUUUUUAAUAAAUACUGGCAAAUUGCACAGAAUCUAGUACACAUUUGAGAUUUUUCUAUUUUUUCCACACUAAACAAUGAGGCACACCUUUGACAGCACAAGUGGAAAAUAGGGGGAGCUCAUGUAAGGCAAAAAAUAAGAAUUGCCUGUUUAGUAUAGCUGGUAAUGAGAAUCAGCAACAAGCUACUGAUGUUUUCAUGGAUG